GCAAAACGUUUCGGUGGUAGUGUUUUGUAAUGAAAAUUGUAUAAAAACUGUGGAAAAACUAGUGUAAAAAGCAAUAAAAGCACACCAAAAUGCUACGGCUCGUAGCAAACAACAGUGAAUCACUGAUUCGCGGAUUCUCCUCUCUCCAUAUUACGAGAACAUUGUCCAAAUCAACAACCACACCGAGCGCAUGUUUUGCGAGCAACCAUCAACCGGGCGAAUCGUCAUCGUCUAGUCGCAAGCUGCUUCAACCCACUCUUCCGACAUUAUAUAACUCCAGGGGGACCAGUUUCUUCAACAAAUUGCCCGCGCAGCAAAUUUGGAAGGGUAUCAUUUCGGUUAGUAAUGCCGGCAAAAAGCGAGGACGAGGCAAGGGUUCCGGACGUAUAACUCCUAAGGAUUUGAACAAAGGACAGGUGAUUGGUUUCGGUAAGGCCAACAUUGUAUGGCCAGGAUUGUCAGCGCCGAUUAUUCGAGGUCGAGAGCUUGUCCAACAGCAGCAGCUUCCGGAAGAUAAGGAGCGGGAAGCCAAGCUCAAGAAGAUUCGCGAUGAGAUGGUGAACUUCAAACGGAUGAAGCUCAGUCCCCUUGAGCGAGGGUGGUCUGGAUCUAAAAUGCCUGGUCGUAGUAUCGGACCGCCGGAUGCAAUUGGAGAGGACGAGUUUGAAGGAUUCGACACCAAAUGUUUGGAACUGAAGACCGUUGUCAAUAUGAAGGGCAAUCUUGGUCGGAAGAGACGCGUUUCAGCAAUGACAGUGACGGGAAACGGCAACGGUUUGGCAGGAUUCGGAUUCGGCAAGGCCAUCGAUAUUAAGGCAGCGUUACGACAGGCAAAAAAUCGUGCCGGUCAGAAAUUGAUGUAUUUCGAGCUGUGCAAUGGUCACACUGUUUUCCACGACUUCUAUUGUGCUUUUGGUGCGACAAAGAUUUUCGUCGAGCGUAAACCGGAAGGCUACGGCUUGAAAUGUCAUCGAGCCAUCAAGGCCGUUUGCGAAGUGAUAGGAAUCAAGGAUCUUCGGGCAAAAUGCGAGGGCUCAACUAAUGUCCAACAUGUGGUCAAGGCAUUCUUCAUUGGUUUGCUGCAACAGAGGAAUCAUCAGCAAAUUGCAGAAUCCAAGGGAUUGCACGUCGUUGAGUUUCGUCCGGAGAAUGGUAAUUUUCCGAAAGUGGUCGCAAGUCCAACCGCUUGCCGAACGGAAGAUGAAUUGGAAAGCAAUGAAAUCCUUGACUAUACGCAAUUCUGCAUGGAUGGCAAGAUUCAACUGAAAAAGAAGAAGUUCCCUCCGUUCUACACUAAGUACCGGUCCUACGAAAUUUAUCUGAAAAAGCGGGAGUAUAUGCGGAAUCAAGAUAAGGUGCGACUGAGAAUGCUCGCUGAGACGGGAGAGAUCCGCAGUUUCUUAACCGACAAGUACCCGGAGUGCAAGAUGGGACCGGCACCGAAGGAAGAAUAGAAAUUAUUGUUGUAACUAGAAGCACAUGUGAAUAAAUGAGUGUUGGAGCCACUUUUACAAUAUUGGAAAAAUC